GUCCCUUCAACAUCCAACUUCAUCUCGAUAAUCACGUCUUUCACCAUAGAGUCCACGGAUAUAUCCCGACAACAGUCUUCACACUAAUAUCGCAACGCAAACACAGCCACAAGGUACUCAGACCAGCCUCCGCCGCAUACACCUAACGAAUCUUUCACAAUGGACUCUCCUCACGAGGACGACAACAGGGCCAAGGCCAUGAACGACUACCUGGAAGAGCUACCAUCAAAACACAUGGAGCCUUUGUGGUCCAAGAUGAACGUGAUGGUCCCACCUACACCGGCACCCGUCGCCAAGCCUCACAUGUGGAAGUACGCCGACAGCCUCCCUCUUCUUCACAAGGCCGCAGAGAUGGUUGGCGAGAAGCAGGCCGAGAGGAGAGUGCUGAUGCUGGUCAACCCCAAUAUGGAAUCCCCUUACACAACAGACACCAUCUACGGUGGACUUCAGAUCGUCAACCCUGGCGAGACUGCCCCUGCGCACAGGCAUAUCGCGUUCGCACUCAGAUUCAUCAUUGAUGGUGAGGGCUUCACGGCUGUUGAGGGAAAGAAGAUGCCCCUGAGGCGCGGUGAUGUUGUCGUGACACCGACAUGGCACUGGCACGACCAUGGAAACGAGAGCGAUGCUCCGGUUAUCUGGCUCGAUGCACUCAACUUACCGCUCUUCAGAUUCACUCCAGUACACUUUGCGGAGCAAUAUCACGAGAGCCGCUACCCUAGUGUCUUCACAGAAACGUGUGAGUGGAGACACCCAUGGGACCAAGUCGAAGCCGAGCUCAAGGCCCAGGAAGGCCCCUAUGCCAUCCACCACUACACAAGGCAUGGCAAGCCCCUGUCACCCAUCCUCGGCGCGCAAGCAGAGCGUAUCGACGGCAACCACACGACAAAGGAGGUUCGCGAGCAAGCCUCGUUCAUGUACCACUGCUAUGAAGGCCAAGGCCGGACCAUCGUUGAACCGCCCACGGAACCCCGUGUGGUAUUCAAGUGGACUUCUCGAGACACGUUCGCCGUGCCUGCAUGGUCCAAGAUUCAGCAUAUCAACGAGGGUUCUACGACGGCGUAUCUGGUUGCCGUCAGUGACAGGCCACUGUUGAGCAGCAUUGGGCUGAUCAAGCCACAAUCAUGAGCGGUGUAGAGGCAGGAAUGGUCUUGUACAAAUCAGAACAUGUACGAGGGGCCUAUUUCGGCAGGCCGCCCUCUCCAGACAUAUCCGGCCUUAAGCCGCAAAAUUCAAGAAUGGAACUGGGGCACCAGCGGGAACCAGGGACAGAUAGAACG